AUGAAUGAUUCAACUUCAAAUCAGUUGAAUGAGAACGAUUUGGAUUAUUCUUCUGAAACGAAUCAUGCUGAUGAGUUCAUUAUGCAGACCAGGUGUGUUAUGGAUGAAAAUUUUGUCCCAAAGGUGGGGAUGAUUUUCAAGACACUAGAAGAAGCUGGAAAGUUCUAUAAACAUUAUUCCAAACUUGCUGGUUUUUCUACGAAAAUAAGGAACACGACUCAGAAGGGAGACAAGGUUAAGAAUCAACUAAUCAUAUGCAGCAGAGAGGAGAGGUGGAAAUCCAAGAUAUCUCUAACUUUGAAAACAAACCACUCAGCCGGGUUAAACUAUCCAGCCAGGAUCUAUGUACACAUAAUGAAGGACGUUAGUCUUUGGACAAUUUCUAAAGUCGUUUUAAAUCACUCACAUCCCUGCUAUCCAGACCGGGCAGAGAUGCUCAAACAACACAGGGAGUUAAGCAUGUUUGUGUGUUGCACCAUCAAAACCAAUGAGGAAGCCGGAAUCAGACCAAGCAAAACUUACCAAUCCUUUGUAGCAGCAGCCGGCAGCCACCGUGAACCAGGUUCUUUUGUAGGUGUGAAUCACCACGGUCAGUCGACACUUCUCGGAUGCACACUGAUGAAAAAUGAGGACAUCCAAUCAUUCAAAUGGCUAUUCGAGUGUUGGCUCCAUUGCAUGGGAGCAAGCAGAGAGCAAAGAGAGAGAGAAUUUGACGCUGCAGAUUUUCACAUCGUGAUACCGUACCCAACAAAAUCAGUAACAGAGGCCCAGUUUCAGCACGUGUAUACCCAUGAGAAGUUCAGGGAAGUUCAAGCACAAUUCAGAGGUAAAAUGAACUGCAUCACAAGAUCAAUGCAUUUUACCCUAGGUUUCAUAAUAGACGAAGUCGUAGAGCAGGUUUCCAACUCCAAAUUCAACAAGUUUUUUGUUACCUACGACGCAGUAUCUCAAGAGGUAAAGUGCCAGUGCUUGCUGUUCGAGUCAAGGGGCAUACUAUGCCGCCAUUCCCUGAGCGUCCUAAGCUUCAAGAAAGUGGAUAACGUGGCACCAAAAUACAUACUGGAAUACUGGAGUAAGAACAUAAAGAGGAGGCACACACACAUUAAGAAAAGCCAAGACGAGCCUCUACUGGAGCCGAGAAGCAAGGGAUUGGAUGAUUUGGUGUUUUGGUCGCACAAUAUAUGCGAAUUUGCAUCUGAGUCCGAGGAGCUGACCGAAAUUCUACACCGGACAUUUGACAAGGUCAUGGUCGAGAUGCAAGAAUAUCAAUAG